AUGAAAUUUGGUAAGACACUGUUGAAGUUACGGAUCCCAGAGUGGUCCCAUCUUUAUGUCAAUUAUAAAGUGUUGAAGAAGAUAUUGAAGGAGAUAACUAAAGUGCAAGAUGAUCUUUAUCAGCAGGAAAACAGUGCCAAUGGCGAAGGUGAUAAGCCGCUUUGGAAGAAAGAAGAAGAUGGUAUGACAUCAGAUAGGAAGACGUUUGCGGAGAACAAGAAAAUACAGCAACUGAUAAUAUCUUUCUUUUUCAAUCUGGAUAGAGACAUUGAGAAAGUUGAUUCCUUUUAUAACUCUCAAUUCUCUGAGUAUGAGAAGAGAUUGCAGAAAUUGCUACAAUCUAGCCAAUUCCAAGAUGUGACGUAUCUUAUCGAAAACAGAGAAGGAGAGAAAGAGCUUACUCCUGUUGGUAAUGGAUCUAUCCCACCUCGUUACGCGACACCCCACCACAUUGACGAUGUUAAUGAGGUAUAUAACAUCUUAUCAGAGCUGAAGACCCAAUUCAGGAACUUGAAAAAUUACAGUGAGUUGAAUAAAAGAGCGUUUGUUAAGAUUUUGAAGAAGUUUGAUAAGAUCACAGGGUUGAGCAGGAAGGAUAUCUUCUUGCAAAACAGAAUUUAUCCUUUGCCAUUCGCUAACGAGACACAGAUAUCCAAAGAUCUUGGGACUAUAAACGAAAUUUGGAGCAAAUUAUCAAGCAGAGUAGGUGUUAUUGGAGCUUUGAAUCCCAGUGUAGAUGAGUUACUACAAUCUACUGAAAACUUAAUCCCCCAGAUCAAACUCAAUGACUCUCCAAGUGUUAAAGGACAAGUUACUUCGAUUAAUGAUAUCACUCCUUUUAUUGAUGAGGACAAUGGCAAAGGAAUCAUUGCUCAAUUAAUACAACUGUAUGGUACUAUUACAGCCGUACCAACUAGAUCACUAAUAAACAUACUUAAUAAAAGUGCGUUAAAGAAAUCUUAUAACUGUGUGGAUUCUAUUUUAGAGGUUAUUCCAUCGUUUAACGAUGUGACAGAUAUCAACAACAGAAAUUUUUUUCAUCAUUUUAUUAUUUCAUUGAGUAAGAAGCUACCUUCCAAUGAUCAACAAGAAGAGAUUCCAUUCGUAUUGAAAAGUCAACCAUCCUUUGCUAAACCAACUGAAGAUGUUAUUUUAUCCUCUAACUUGGAGGUCAUUUACAAUACUUAUAUGAACCGUGGCACCACAGGCACUGUUCUCGAAAAACAAAAAUUAGACGAGAACUAUUUAGAUCCUUUCAGACAUAUAAUACAAAAAUUACCAGUAAGAUUGAGACCAUGCAUUUUACAGGUUGAUAAUUACUCCCGUACACCACUUCAUUAUGCAGCAAAAUUUGGCUUUACUGGUAUCGCAGCUGAAAUAAUUGAAAUGCUUAAAGCCUGGGGCUAUUGGAAAGAUGAUAUAUCGUUAGAUGAUAAAGAUUUUUGGGGAGAUUCUGAGGGACUUUCUCCUGUUCAUUUGGCUGUACUUGGUAGGAAUACUGACACAUUAAAAAUGCUUCUAGAUUCCAUGAACAACAAUCUGCUGUUGACAUCUCCUACUUUGUUAUUCUUAGCUAUUCAAACUAACGAGUUUGACUUAAUAAACACUAUCCUAUCCUCUAGUAGAAUUGAUAUCAAUUUUCAAGACGAACAAACCAAAGAAACUGCCCUAUAUCAGGCUGUUGCGGCGAAUUUAUUUGAAGCAACUGCAUGCUUACUGAUAAAUGGUGCUAGUACAGAAAUUAAAGAAAAACUUUUUGGUUGGACUCCACUAUUCAUUGGUGCAGCAGAGGGCUACUCUGAUAUAGUCAGACUACUGGUUAAUAAUGGUGCAAACAUAAACAUAUUAGAUGACGGAGGAUGGACGCCAAUGGAACAUGCAGUAUUGCGUGGACACCUAGAAGUCGCAAAAAUUGUUGAAGUUAAAGAUUGGCCAGAAGUCUGCCAUCCUGUCUACAAUUCAACAAAAAACCAAGACUCACAAAGUAGAGAUAACUCUGAAAUAAUAAAGGGCAACAGUAAUUCUAGUGAACAAAUGAAUGAUACAAAAGUGAAGCGUAUCAAAUCUUUUGGUCAUAGCUAUCUGAAAGAGGAAGAAGCAAUAAUGCUGAUUACUUUAGGUGGAACUGACACAAGAAUAACAACACCAGCAAUAUCAUUGAAUUUAAAGAAACUACUUCAGUCAGCGGACAUUGACACGGCUCUUUCACUAGUUAUCUCUUGUGAUGAUGAUGUAUCCUCUGUUCCAGUUGUAUUGGACUUGCCUUUAGAUGCCAGUAUGGCUAAUAUAAAUUUCAAAGUACCAUUCAAGGAUAAUGGAGUUUACACUGUCUUUUUUGACAUUGUGUACACUUAUGGUUCAUAUUCUCCAGACAAUGGAAAUUCCCUAGUCAGACCUAAUCUAGAUCGUAAUGCGUCUGUUGACUCUGUCAUUCUAUCAUCAGCCAGUGACAGAGAUCAAAACGAUUCACCUCCUCCUGUUGAGUAUUUGAAGGAUAGGUUAGUUGCAAGGGCAGUUGCACUUUUGAAUAAAACCAAUAGUGCUGCUGGUACAAACAGGCGUCUACUUAACGAUAACGUUACCAUUCCAAUUCAAUCUAAAUAUGGCAUGGAUUUGGUUGGGACAAUAUCGUUUGAGUAUUCGAUCGUCACUCCUUUUUCACAUCCAAAAAUGGGUGUGUAUGCUACUGACACUUAUUGGAAGUCUUUAGUUUCAACUAGGGUAAUUGGGCAUCGUGGUUUGGGGAAAAAUUAUCAAUCAAGUAAAUCCCUACAACUAGGUGAAAACACCGUUGAAUCAUUCAUAGCGGCUGCAUCUUUAGGUGCGUCAUAUGUUGAAUUUGAUGUACAAUUAACCAAAGAUAAUAUUCCUGUGGUAUACCAUGAUUUUUCAGUUGCAGAAACCGGUGUUGAUAUACCAAUGCAUGAACUUACAUUGGAGCAAUUUCUAGAUCUCAAUAAUUAUGGGGGGUCCAGGGAGCUUUUGAAGUCGAGGAGGAAAUCCAUGGAUGAUAGUGACUUCAAGAACUUAAAGAAAGAUUGGGAUCUUGGCGAACCAGAUGAUGGCCGAAAAUCUCCGUACUACCAAUCGAGAUCAAAAUUGAUGGAGGAGCGGAUGAAACUGACAAAAGCAUAUAAAAGUAAUAAUUACAAAGGCAAUUCUAGAGGGCAUUCUAUUGCAUCCUCAUUUGUCACAUUGAAAGAACUAUUCAAGAAGAUUCCUCAAAAUGUUGGAUUUAAUAUUGAAUGUAAAUAUCCAAUGUUGGAUGAAGCUGAAGCUGAAGAACUUGGCCAAAUUGCUCUUGAAAUGAACCAUUGGGUCGAUACCGUUCUACAAGUUGUAUAUGAUAAUUUUAAUGGUCGUGAUUUGAUAUUUUCGUCCUUCCAUCCAGAUAUAUGUGUCAUGCUGUCCUUGAAGCAGCCAAAUUUUCCUAUUUUGUAUCUAACAGAAUCAGGAACAACAAAAAUGGCUGACUAUAGAGCUAUUUCAUUGCAAAAUGCGAUAAAAUUUGCUAAAAGUUGGAAUCUAUUAGGUAUAGUAUCUGCAGCCUAUCCCAUAGUGAAAGCGCCAAGAUUGGCAAAAGUUGUAAAGUCUAACGGGUUAGUAUGUGUUACAUAUGGUGUUGAAAAUAAUGAUCCUAAUAAUGCGGCCAUAGAAAUAGAUGCUGGUGUUGAUGCAGUUAUUGUUGAUAGUGUUCUGGCGAUUAGGCGUGGUCUCACCAAAAUUCAAACUAAGUAG